AUCUGUUGCACUUAGAAACACACCUGACAAAUCUAUUUGCUGUUGCAUCUUUGCUAUUUUCUUGAUACAAGUCAACACAACACAGACUUACAGAAAUGUUCAAAAAAUGGUUCUUGGUUUUGAUGAUGGCCUGGAUGUUUAUGAACACCACCGGCAACGACGACCAGCCCUUUGAAGAUAGUGGCGAUGAAGAUAAUGGUGUCGAUCAUGCCAUGUGGACAAAUGUUGAUAAGGAUGAUGAUCACCCUGACAAACAUGGUGGUGAUGAUCACCCUGAAGAUAGUGGUGAUGAAGAUGAUAGUGGUGAACAGCCCAGCCAAGAUGGUGGCCAUGGUGAAAAUGUAAAAACCUUAGAGGAAGUCAUCACUGAUGAAGGCUGUGGUAGGCAGCAGCUGUGUGCUGCUCAGCCUUCUGAUUGCAACCCAUCAGAGGAGAAAUCGUGUUUUUUCAUUUCAGCAGAACUGAUCGAUGGUGAACGCUUUGAGUUUUCGCUCUCAGGGCAGUCAGAUGGCUAUGUGGCAGGCACGCUGUCCUCUGAGGGAAGAGUGGGAGAAAACACCACUUACAUUUGUGCGAAAAACAACAGUCAGGUGCAGUUUUUUGGAGUGUUUCACGUUAAUGACAAGCUGACUCGAACAUCGCUUCCAGUGGACUCUGUGAGGGGAAACGUCUCCAAGGGAAAGAUCCAGUGUACGUUCACGGUCUAUUCUUCUGAUAUGCCAUCGAGGGGUGCACCCAUGAAGCGUCAAAGCACCGGACCACCUUCUUUCUCGCUGUCCGUCUCCAACGGAUCCUUCGACGCCGUUUCUGGUGCCCUUGGCACACCCACUUCAAGGUUGAUGACCAGCGUUGUGAACUUGGCAGACCCCAACAACACGGUCAUCAAUAUCCUUAUCUUAUCUAACAGCACCAGUAGUGGCCACACACCUAGCCUCCAGCAUUCACUGACUAGAGCUCUACUGACCACUGCAGGUGUCCUAGCAGUGCUUGCAUUCUGAGAUGUCGGACACCACCAUAUAUGGCUAUAAAAAAUAAUGUUCUUGUUCUACUCAUGAAAUCCUGUGAUUAUUCUUUUUGUUUUCUUGAAUGGGUUCCUUGCAGUACAUCCUUUUAAAAAUCUACUUUAAGCAGAUACGGGAAUAUUUUAACUAACAUGAUGUAAAUAAUCAAUUUGUAUUUUAAUUAAAUGGUCUUUAGUACAAACGAAUCUAAUUCUAAGUAAUUAAUAAAAUAUUUUAAUGUACAGAAAUAAACAUUAAAACAAAAAAUGCAUAAUAUAAUUAAUCAAUGAAUGUAUAUGUUGUAUAUAUUGGGUUUGUUGGGUAUUGGUUGGAAUUGUGCUAAAGGGUGUUGAACAAGUUGUACCAUUGUUUUGGUGAUUUUCUAAAUCUAAAUAUAUUUUGUGCCACAGUAAUAGACAGGCCUAUUUUGCAUUAAUCAUUGUUUUUCUUCAUUGAUUUAAAUGGGGUAGCUUAUAGUGGGUUGUUCCACUGCAGCCAAAUCGAACAGUCAUUAAAUAAAUGUUUAGUUUUGUCCCGCCCAUUGAACAGUGAGUGCCUCUGGAAGUGUAAAAAAAAAAAAAAAUCAAGUAUAUACAUAGUGGUAGUCAGGAACAUUUAUAUUUUUGGAUCACACAAAGUGAAAAUUUGGAUUAACUCAAUUUUAAGUAAAAAAAAAUAAAAAUGAUGGAUUCACCCUGUAAAUUUGUUUUAUCCAAAGCUAACACCUGCAUCAGAUUUAAUAUUUUUGUUGCUCUGCAGUUAUAAAGAAUUGUUCACACUGAGCUGAGCUGUUGCACUAGGUGGAUUGACAUGAAUCAUGGCUCCAACACAUGAGAUGCCAAUUGAAACUGUGGAGAAUGCAUAUAUAUUUAAGAGUUAUUUCUGUAUUCAUGGACAUGUUUAAAACAGCUAGUGUUUUUCCAUUUGUACUCUUUCUAUUUUUUAUCUUAUGUCCACAAGUAAACUAUGUGUGUUACCAUGAAGGCUUGCACUGUAGGAGAUGGAAUACUCCCUUUUGUCUUAUCUGUAGUAGAACAAUGAGGUUGUGUUCCUUUCCGGACAGGGGGGGGCUUUCUUCGUGUGCAAGGAGUUGGCUCUUCCGUUUGAGUGUCAAAUCAAUUCGAGAAGCCGAUAUGAAUGUAUUGGUGUGAGCUGAUCUCCUGAAGCUUCAGUAAAACUUGAUAAUA